CUCUGACCCACGUCGUCUUCGCUCCUCUGUCGGGUUUUGAAGACGUCUAAAUCCUACGGCGUCGUAGGCAACACGAAUGAUAUAUGUUCUCUCUCUUUAUCUGAAUCCUGAAUCGUUUCUUCAGUUUAGGCUUUAACGGGUUCAAGUCUGAUCCCACACAGAAUUACUCUACUAUCUCUCGUCUUGGAAUCAUGCUUCGCUCCGGCCUUGACCUCUACAGUUUCCACCGGUAGCGGCUUCACUUAUCAUAACGAUGAGCUCCUCCAGUUCGUGUAUGAGCUCCUGGUGGAGUCGAGUGAAGUGAAGUGAUUUCUCUGCAAUCCUUGAAUCGAAUAUGUCGCAAUCAGGGUAUGAUAUUAAUGUUCUGUUUCAAGAAGCUCAAAGGCGAUGGCUGAAACCUGCAGAAGUGCUCUAUAUAUUGCAAAACCAUGACAAGUACCAGCUCACUCAGGAGCCACCACAAAAGCCAACCGGUGGAUCUUUGUUUCUUUUCAACAAAAGGGUCCUUCGUUUCUUUCGCAAAGAUGGUCAUAAUUGGCGUAAAAAGAAGGAUGGAAGAACUGUUGGGGAAGCACAUGAACGACUUAAGGUCGGAAAUGUUGAGGCUUUAAAUUGUUAUUAUGCACAUGGAGAGCAAAACUCAAAUUUUCAGAGACGUAGCUUCUGGAUGCUGGACCCGGCAUAUGAGCAUAUUGUUCUUGUUCAUUAUAGAGAGAUUGGUGAGGGAAAGUCCACUACCGGACCUGCUGCACAGCUAUCACCAGCAUUCUCUUCCUCCUUCAGCCCAAGUCCAACAUCUUAUACUACUCAAAAUCAAGAUUCUACCUCUGCAAUUAGUGAUUUAUAUGACCCAUAUCGGAAUUCUUCCAGUCCAAGUUCUAUAGAAGUCAGUUCAGAGAUAGUCACCAAGGACAAUGGAUUAGACACUACAACAGAGUUUACUAGUUCUACAAAGGUUGAGGUUAGUCAAUAUUUGAGAAGGCUGGAGGAGCAGUUGAGUCUGAAUGAGGACAACAUCAAAGAAAUUGAUCCAUUAUGCAAUGAGGAAGGAGUCACAAAUGAUCCAGAACUUUUCGAAUUUGAAAAGGAGAUCUCCAAGAAGGAUAACUCGGCAAAUGUGCCACAUAGACUAGAAUAUGUUGUGAAUAAUCAAUGUUAUGAUGGACAUGAUGGGAUGCAGCUGCAGACCAACAAUCUUGUUCACCUUCAGAAUGCAGGUGAUGGUGGCGAAUACCAUCAACCAUAUGUACGCAAGUAUGCAGAUGGGAGUAAAGAAUCUGUGUCUUGGAAUGAAGUGUUGGAGUCCUGUGAAGCUUCAUCCGGUUUGGAGUACGAGGAAAAGCCCCAGCCUUAUUUGAGGGAACCAGCUGAAGAGCAUGAGUAUUCUGGUUGGCUAAAUUUCGAUGAAAUUAAUGUCAGAAAUUCUUCUGUGUUGCUGCCUCAAGAAGUUGAAAAUUUUGAAAUUCCUGCUUACUCUUCUGUCAUGGGAACUCAUGAAACCAAUCCUGACUACUAUUCAAUGCUAUAUGACCAAGGCCAGCUUGGAGUGCCAAUUGAAGCAGAUUCAAGUUUGACUAUUGCACGACAGCAGAAAUUUACUAUCCGGGAAAUAUCCCCAGAAUGGGGUUUUACCUCUGAGGCUACAAAGGUGAUUGUUGUUGGAUCUUUUCUGUGUGACCCAUCAGAAUCUGCAUGGACAUGCAUGUUUGGUGAUACUGAGGUUCCCAUUGAAAUCAUUCAAGAAGGUGUUCUCCGCUGUGAAGCUCCUCCCCAUCUUCCAGGAAAGGUCACUUUCUGCAUUACUUCUGGCAAUCGCGAGUCGUGCAGUGAGAUCAGAGAAUUUGAGUAUCGAGCUAAGAGUAGUUUUCCUCAUUGCAACUCAUCCCAAAUGGAAGUUGCUGAGAGUCCAGAAGAGUUGUUGUUACUUGUCAGAUUUGUGCAGAUGCUUCUGUCUGAUUCCUCUUUGCAGAAAGAAGACAGCAUAGAAACUGGAAUUCAGCUGCUGAGAAAAUUAAAAACUGAUGAUGAUUCAUGGGGAAGUAUUAUUGGGGCUCUCUUAGUUGGUAAUGGAACUUCAACUGGCACUGUUGAUUGGCUUCUUCAACAACUUCUAAAAGACAAAUUGCAGCAGUGGCUUUCUUCCAAGUCUCAGGAAAGACAAGAUCAACCUAACUGCAACUUGUCCAAGAAAGAGCAGGGGAUCAUACACAUGGUUGCUGGGUUGGGCUAUGAGUGGGCCUUGAGCGCAAUUCUCAGUCAUAGAGUCAGCAUAGAUUUCCGUGACAUUAAUGGAUGGACUGCUCUUCAUUGGGCUGCUCGUUUUGGAAGGGAAAAAAUGGUUGCAGCCCUCAUAGCUUCUGGUGCAUCAGCUGGGGCUGUCACAGAUCCCACUUCACGGGAUCCAAUUGGCAAAACUCCAGCAUCAAUUGCUGCCAGCAGUGGUCAUAAGGGGCUUGCAGGUUAUCUUUCGGAGGUGGCACUAACAAGCCAUCUUUCAUCCCUUACACUAGAAGAGAGUGAGCUUUCUAAAGGAUCUGCUGAGGCUGAAGCCGAGAGAACUGUAGAUGCCAUCUCAAAGGGGAAUUUUGCUGCCAAUGAAGACCAGGCUUCACUUAAAGAUACCUUGGCUGCAGUUCGAAAUGCAGCUCAAGCUGCUGCACGAAUACAAUCUGCUUUCAGAGCACAUUCUUUCAGAAAGCGACAAGAGAGAGAAGCUCUUACCUCUACUAAUAGUAUAGAUGAGUAUGGUGUCAUUUCUGGUGAUAUUCAAGGGCUUUCAGCUAUGUCAAAACUGGCCUUUCGCAAUGCACGUGAUUACAAUUUAGCUGCUUUGUCUAUUCAGAAGAAAUAUAGAGGGUGGAAAGGUCGCAAGGAUUUUCUAGCAUUUCGACAGAAAGUUGUUAAGAUACAGGCUCACGUGAGAGGUUAUCAAGUUAGGAAGCACUACAAGGUAAUCUGUUGGGCUGUUGGAAUUCUAGAUAAGGUUGUGCUGAGGUGGAGACGCAAAGGAGCUGGUUUGCGGGGUUUCCGUAAUGACGUAGAACCCAUUGAUGAAAGUGAAGAUGAAGAUAUUCUCAAGGUAUUCCGCAAACAAAAAGUUGAUGGAGCUAUUGAUGAGUCUGUCUCACGCGUGCUGUCAAUGGUUGAUUCUCCAGAGGCACGCCAGCAAUAUCAGCGGAUGCUUGAACGUUACCGCCAAGCCAAAGCUGAACUAGGUGAGACGAGUGAAGCAGCAGCAACCUCUCUUGAUGACAUGGAAAAUGAUGAUAUGUACCAUUUCCAGUAGGAGCAGCUUCUAGCAAGCUAACUUAAAAUUUAUCUCCUUGACCAAUCUUAAGUUGCCUGAUACUGGGUUUCUGGAUUCAAUUUGUGUAUAAUGGCCUGCAUUCAAAGUAGUUGUAAGUGAUUAGGAAUGAUUUGCACAUAUUCCCAUAUCAAUGUUGUAGUUACUGCUUGUAAUUAUGUAAAUAGUUUCUUCUGAGGUUGGUUAAGUUUCUUUCAUCUUUCUUA